UCAAGCCUUCUCGCUUUCUCUCGUCCUUACAUCUUCUCUUCGUCAUCCACAUACCCCAUACAAAAGGUGCUCUGAUCGUUCGAAAAUUUCCCUCUUCUUCCUCCUCCCCUCCGAUGACCAAAAUCACUGUUUCCUUUAAUCGUCAUGACUUCUGUGUGUCUUCACCCCAACGAGCGAUUCUAUCUGCAUAGAAUCUCCUAUCUUUCUAUCCAUUCCUCCCGUCGGAGGUCUACUUUCCUUUGUUUUCAGUCAGGAAUAGCAGUCGAACGCUGCGCAGUUCGUCGUAUCCACAACGGCUUCCGUCUACCUGUUCCGUAUUCUUACUUCCAUGAAUGGAAGAUCAGAAGCCCUAAGGCAGCUCAGAGCGAGUCCACCGUAUCUUUGGACGAAAAUUCGGGAGGAGGUGAGACUGACAAUGUGGAGAUAUCCCUCGACGGUGACGUGUACCGAAGCACACUUAGGCUCGUCGAAUGCGCGAUGUUUGCAGCCGUCACUGGUUUGGUGUAUUACCUGAGCAAUUCGCUUGCCAUCGAGAACUACUUUGGUUGUUUCUUCUCAUUGCCGAUAGUAAUAUCAUCCAUGAGAUGGGGCCUCGCUGCAGGUAGAAAGACUAUGGUUGCUACUGCUAUGCUGUUGCUCACUUUAUCAGGUCCAUUAAAGGCGUGCACCUAUCUUCUCAUGCAUGGAAUUCUCGGCCUGGCCAUGGGUUCCUUGUGGAGGUUGGGUGCUAAUUGGAUGCUUUCAAUAACCUUAUGCACAUUGGUUCGAGCAACAGGUGCAUUGGGCUAUGUUCUGCUAUCAUCAUUCUUGUUGAGAGAAAACAUUCUUUCACUGAUUGCCAUAAAUCUUCAUGCUUCCUUGUCAUAUAUGCUUGCUGCUCUGGGUGUCAAUGUUAUCCCGUCAAUGAAGACAAUAUAUACCAUAUUUGGGACUUUGCUCCUGCUCAACUGUGGAUUCUUUGUUUUCCUGUUGCACAUGCUCUAUGCCGUCUUCAUCAGUAGACUUGGAAUGAGGUUCUCUUUAGUAUUACCUGGAUGGUUGGAGAAAGCUUUGUGAUGGCAGCUUGGCAAAUAGAUCAUCUGGAUGGUUCAUCAUUAUCAUGACACGAAGCAUCUAAAUGCAAAUACCCAUUUCAAAAUUGUUCUCCGAGUAUGAAACAUAAACCCUCAACAGGAUCAUGGUAGUUCGAGAUUCAUCAUCAGCCGUCAGGUGCUGCUAGCCAAAUUCUUGCGAGUAUAUCCACUUUGGACCCUGUAGUUUGAGUUGUUCAACUUCAGAACCCAGCUCCAUGGACUAGCUGCUAUCAGGCGUCCACCAUCAUGGCUAGGUGUAUGAUGCAGCGACUCUGAGUGCUCCUACGUGUUAUUUCACUCUUCUUGCUUUCACCACAGCAAACUGUUGGUGAGGAUUCUUCAUUAUUAUAGGAUCCCAUCAAAACGGUUCCUUGUCUAAUUGCACGGUAACAAUAUUGAAAAAGGAAAAGAGUGCCUUGCUUCGGUGGAUGCCUUCAGUUGCUGAAAUCGGAGAAAGGUACUCAUAUAACAGAAAGAUGCAUAAAUUUCAAUUCUUUAGCCACGUAUUCCUGGUUGUAUGUGCUGAUCUGUUGUUUUUUGCUUACGAGAGACAUCAUCAUCAACCUUAUCCUGUCUGCAUAUAGUUACUGAUAUAACCACUUGUACAUCA